AUGUCGCACAUGCUCGACUUCCCCCUUCGUCCCCUCCCACCAAAUCUCAACUUCCCACCCUACGUAAUUUUUGGUAUUAACGGCACAGACGUCACCUCCGCCCUCCCACCUCACAUCCCACUACAACUCGUCCUACACUUCGCGCCCACACUGCGGAAAUGGGUCCUACCCGUCCCAACUCACACAUGCCUCCCGCGAAGCGCUAUGCAGUAUGCACUGCACACACCUUCCGUUGGCAUCGACAUCCGCGCGCCGAUUGAAGCGGCAGGGCUGUGCUGGAUACUGACGCGUAUGUUGCACCUUGCCGGCAUAACGACACGUAGAGAGGCGUUCAAUGUGUUUCCCGACCUAAUCAUCGCACUCGCUAUUCACAACGCAUGGCUUGCGCUCGAGCUGCCACACGAAGGGCUGACAGGGCUGCAUAUGCACGUCACCACGCAGCUGCUCAUUGGAUCGCCAGCGGUAGGUCUGGCAGACAUGCAGAGGGUGUGGGCUGCAUUCCCCUCCGACUCGAAGGUUGUGUGGGCCAUGGGAUUGAACUUCACGCAAGCGUGCGCCGAGGGAGGCUACGAAGCCCGCGAAGGGAUAGAAAUGGCAGCGUGGUUCCAGUCAACAGCCGAGCUCUGGGGGUUUCUUAAAAGUCUGCAGACCGCAACACCAAUGCCACUGGCGGAUGGAGAGACACAGAUCCCGAUACUCGCCCCAGAAGAGAAAGAAAAACCCACCACCAUCACAGGCCUCCGCACCAUCGGCCGCAAAGCAGGGAGAGCCAUCAAAUCGGCCCUCGUCGCAGCAACCCGCCGACAAUCCAACCCAACGCAGCACCAAGCACCACCUCGAGACCCCAGCCCCGCACAUCGACGCCAAGCGCGAGAAGGAAGCGAUCUUCUCGCCCUAAAACAGCGCUUGCGCAGAACGCAAAGCGAUGGUAGCAUGCGCUCCCUCGACACCGCUAUCUGGAUCCCGCGAGAAUUCGGUGCUGGAGACGGUGCAGCAGGCGAAAACCCAGAACAGGAAGAAGGACAAGAGGAAGAGGAAGAGGAAGAAAAAGAGGAGGAAAGAGAGACAACUGCUAUAACCAUGCCCUCCCUCUCUACUCUCCUCAACGACCCCAUCAACGAUCUCGUCAGCGGCUACGUCAGCAGUCACAUCAGCGACGCACUCGAGACUAUCCGACGGAGGCGCGAGGCAAGACUUGCAAGAGGUAGAUCCUUGGGCUAG